AUGUCUCUUCAACUCGAGACAGUUUGUUCGCUUACUGAAUCAACAUCUGACCUUUCUUUGCAGAGAGUGUCACACUGCGAUACAAAUACCCAAGAUACAGUCAAAGAUCAGUCUCCGAGCGGGAAAAUCGAGAAUGUGUCGGUUCCUCCUCCAGAGGUCAAGCUGCCAGAUCAACAGGGCUCAGAAUUAACACGCGACCUUCGAUACAAGCACGCUUCGACUUACAGAAGAAUAUUUGCGUUUAUAUUCAUCGCCAACUUGGCAGUGUUUAUUGCCCUCAUCGUCACCUCUCAAGCCACCAUCUUAUCUAGAGAUGCCGCCAGUGCAGCUUCUGCAAACCUCAUGGUAUGCAUCCUGUUUCGUCAAGAGGAGUUCGUAAACCUCUGCUACGAAAUCGUCGUGCUGGCUCCUCAUUCAUGGCCGAUCUGCAUUCGGAAACGUCUGGCCAAGGUCUUCCAUUACGGAGGUUUCCAUAGUGGCGCUGGUGUGGCUGCUACUGCUUGGUACAUGGCCUAUACCAUCCUUGCCACUCAAGAGUGGGCCGAGGACAGAAAGGAAUACAGACUCGUCAACAUGAUCACCGGUUGGGUUGUGGUUGCUAUGUUCCUCAUCAUUCUCAUCGCAGCUUAUCCAAGCAUUCGAAGAAAGUUCCACGACCAUUUCGAGGCUUUCCAUCGAUUCGCUGGUUGGGUUUCCUUGCUCGCGUUUUGGGUGCACAACAUUGUGUCGGCUCGUGUUACGGCACACGAGUGGGACAAGUCUAUAGCUUAUGCCCUUGUGCGAUCUCCCAAUUUCUGGUGUAUCUGCGUUACAACCUCAUGCACGAUUGCCUCCUGGUCCCGCUUACGUCGCCGGGCUGUGUAUCCCGAGAAGUUGAGCGAUCACGCGACUCGACUUCACUUCAAAUACCGAGGAAUGAAACCAUUUUAUGGCCUCAAGAUCAGCGACAAGCCCUUGACAGAGUGGCAUGCGUUUGCUACCAUUCCGGAUAUCGAGCCAGAGUCUGGUAAAGUUGAAGGUUUCAGUGUUGUUGUUUCCAAUGCUGGGGAUUUCACCAAGAAGCAGAUCAUGAAUGACAGUGAGCGAAAGCUAUGGGUUCGCGGUGCCCCUCUCCACGGCCUUCUAUAUACGUCAAAGCUCUUUCGUCGAAUCGUCAUAGUCGCCACUGGAUCUGGUAUUGGGCCCUGCCUCUCUCUUCUCCACGCCGACGAGACGCCUCGUCGUGUUCUUUGGUCUACUCGUGAUCCCGAGAAGACAUACGGACCAACUGUUGUUGGUGCAGUUCAACGAGCUGAUCCAAAUGCAGUCAUAUGGAACACCACCGAGCGAGGUUAUCCGGAUAUUGUCCGCGAGACGUAUCAACUUGUCGUGGAGUCAAAUGCAGAGGCAGUGUAUAUAAUCUCGAACCCCAAGGUUACUGAAAAGGUUGUCUUUGGUAUGCAAACCCGGGGCGUCGCAGCAUAUGGAGCUAUCUUUGACUCUUAG